AUGGCUGUAGAUCCGACAGAAAUAUUCGAUAGGCAUAUUGCUUCAAUCACGAUGCGACCACAUGCCAUUCGAUGGUUGACAAUUUUGAUUGGCAGUGUAUUUAUCCUCGUAUUAAUUGUCCUUCGUCAACCAACGAAAUCUAUUGAUGGCGAUGCGAGUAGUGACAUUGCAGCAAAAUUAAAUGCAGAAGCAUCAAAAAGUCGUUGGCCAAUACCACGUGCACAGUCAUGGUAUACUUCUCAGCCAUGGUUACUUGGUGCCAAUUAUUUGCCAUCCACAUCUGUCAAUGUACUUGAAAUGUGGCAAGAUACAUUUGAUGAAGUAACAAUCAAACGUGAACUUCAAUGGGCUAAUCAUCGAUUAAGAAUGAAUGCAUUACGAGUUUUUCUUCAUGUACUUGUAUGGCAAGAAACUCCAAGAAAUUUUUUUGAACGUUUAGAUACAUUUCUUAAUAUUUCCAAAAAUAAUAAUUUAAAAGUUAUGCUUGUUUUAUUUGAUGAAUGUUGGAAUGCUAACCCACAUUUAGGCAAACAACCAGAGCCUAUACCAGGUGUACAUAAUUCACAAUGGGUUCGAUGUCCUGGUCAAUCAAUGGUGUUAAAUAGAACAAAUUGGCCAAUACUUAGAGAUUAUACAAUAGAUGUUAUCAAUCAUUAUAAAUCUGAUGAACGUGUUUUUGCAUGGGAUCUAUAUAAUGAACCUGAAUGUAGUAAACAGGUGAAUGUUAUCUUACCUUUACUUCGUUAUAUAUACGAAGCUGCUCGAUCUGUUCGUAACGUUCAACAGCCAAUGACUAUUGGAGUAGCCAAAUGGCCAUUAACAACACCAUUAGCUUUGUUUGAAUUAUCUGUUUCAGAUGUAAUAUCGUUUCAUUCAUAUGGUCCAUUAGCAAAUGUUAUGCAAAAUAUAACUGAUUUACGUAAAAUUCAACGGGAUCGACCUAUUCUUUGUACAGAAUGGCUUGCACGUCCAUUUGGCUCAACAUUAUUUACGCAUUUAGAAUAUUUUAACAGUGAAAAAAUCGGUACAAUACAAUGGGGUCUCGUAGCUGGUCGAUCCCAAACAUAUUAUCAAUGGAAAUCUCCAAAAGAUGCACCAAUACCAAGAGUAUGGUUUCAUGAUGUUUUAUAUCCAAAUGGAACAGCAUUUAGUCAUCUAGAAGAAAAACUUUAUUUUGAACUGAAUCAUUGA